UGAGAAGGAGGCAGUGAGGCCGCUUUCCCGUCGGGCCGAGGGAGGGACUACAACUCCCAGCUCUCCCAGCUCCAGCCUGGCGACGUCGGCUUGGAAAUGGCGGCCUCCUCUCUGGGCCAGGAGCGGCGGAGGCUGAGGAGGAGGUGGAGGUGCUUCUUGCAGCCCAGCAGCAGAGGCCUCAGGAGGCGCUAAGGACAGACUGGAGUUUGAUGACACCCCACUCGGUACCUCUGUGGAGGCCCAUCCAUGUGGACGGAGGGUGUCUGUUCCAGUGGCAAGAUGGGCUUCUACAUCAGUUCCCUCUCCAGAGCCCCCUAUGGCAACAGGGCCCCACCUGAGGCCUCACGCCAUCCAGCCAAGCGGUACCAGGCAGCGCCCAGCUACAACUACCGGUGGACGGAGCUGCACUAUGAGGCCAGCCGUGGCAACGUGGAGAAACUGAAGCAACUCCUGAUAACCUCUGACAGGGAGCUGGUAGACAGGAAGGAUUAUUAUGGCAAGACCCCACUCUAUUGGGCUGCUUACAAGGGGCAGAGGCACACAGUGGAGCUGCUGCUGAAACAUGGUGCAAAUGUCAACACAUGCUGUAAACAUGGAGGGACCCCACUUCACGCAGCCGUUGGGCUCUUCCCGGACUGCACCUUGCUGCUGAUCCAGCAUGGUGCGGAUGUGAACCUGCAGGACAACUGGGGAGUGACCCCUAUGUACCUGGCAGCAUGCAGCGGACAAACAGAAUGUAUCCAGUUGCUGGUAGAGGCCGGUGCCUACAUCUCCUACAGAAACAAGAGAACCGGAGUCCCUCCCAAGCGUCUUGUCUCCCAGCCAGCCCUGAUCUCCUGGAUGGAAGCUUGCCGUCGGCAGCCACGUUCCCUCAAGCACCUCAGCCGCCUGUCUAUCCGAACUGCUCUGGGCCACAGCAGGCUCCAAGCCAUCACGGACUUUGACCUUCCACCACUGCUGAAGCAGUACCUUAUGUUUGAAGACUUGACUCUGCCAGAGGGCUUAUAGUCCCUCUCAGGAUGCAUGGCAGCUUCCAGCCACAUCAGCUGGCAUUCUCCCCUGUGUCUGCAAGUUCACGGGGCCUAUGUUGCCUUUUUCCUGCCCAGCAUCUUGCCUUUUCUUGCCUUUUUCCUGCCCAGCGUUUUAAGCAGAAGUAACUGUCUGGCCUUUGACCGGAAAAGAGCAUCCUUCUAGAUGAAGCCAAGGGUUUAUCAUGUCCCAAAUCCUGUCCCCAUACAUGAAACCUAAGCAGAGUACAAUUAAGCUAUGAUGCAGUUACAUACGGGCUUUAAAGCAGGCUAUCAUGCAGGUUGAAUAUCCCUUAUCCAGAAUUCCAAAAUAAUCAGAAAUUCUAAACUGACCAUGAGUGGCUGAGAUAGUGACACCUUUGCUUUCUGACAGUUCAGUAUACACAAACUUUGUUUCAUGUGCAAAAUUAUUAAAAUAUUAUAUAUAAAAUUAA